CUUCAUACCCUCACACACACACACACCCAGAUUCGCCAUGGAUGCCACAAUCGUCACCGUGCCAGAGGAGGGCUUCGUGCCCUUCGGGCGCCGGCGCCGGCCCGCCUCGGGCGCCGAGAGCUGGGCGCCGAAGUGGCGCCGCCUCGUGGCGGAGCGCCGGCCCAACUUCGUGGAGUUCGACCGCGUGGUGCGCGGCAUGCUGAACCGCAUCAGCACGGAGAACGCGCGCUUCUUGCUGCCGCUGGACCCCUCCCUGCGCGCCGCAGAGGCCGGGGACUGCCCCCCGUGGUGGGCGGCCCGCUGCGCCGUGUUGAUGCUGAACCACUACAUCCAGGUGAUCCACACCAGCCGCUGUGCCCGCGGGCUGGCCAUGCGCAGCAACGACAACGUGCUGCCCAUGUACCUGGACGCCGUGUCGCCCCUGCUGGCCCGGAGCCCGCGGUUGGUCACGGCUCUGGUGGCUUGGGUGGCCCAGCUGCUGAAUUGGUACGACCUCUGCUGGCCCAAGGCCCGGAUCCUGCUGCUGGCGCUGAGGGCCCCCAAGGACCAACCCAACCCCUUGGGCCGUCUGCCCCCUGAGCUGGUGAAGGGCCGAAUCCUGGCCUUCUUGAUGCCGCCGCUGCUACCGGUGUCCGCCGCGGCGCAGGACGUUGGGGUGCCGUCGGCACUCUGCAACUGCUGGAGCGACCCCGACGGGAAGAAGGAUGUUGUGGCGGUCCUGGCGCAUCUGCUGCUCUUCACCCCGGCGGCGGCCUUCCCGCAGCUCUCCGCCUGCGCCUUGGCCAUGGCGGAGGCGGCGCUGCAGGGCCCCGCCUGCGAGGAGAAGGUGUAUUUGGCCGCGGCGGUGGUGGUGUCCAUCUCCCAGCGCCUCCAGAAGUCCCUCUGCGGCCCUCUGCGGCGCUGUGAGGCCUGGGCCAAGGAGGAAGACGCGCCGCCCACGCAGCUAGCCGUGAGCCACCUGCGCCAAGACUUGCAGUGUGUGCUGCACCUGGAGAGGACUCUGAUCGUGGCUGCCGACAGCGCCCGUACUGCCGGGAAGCUGUCUUUCUUCGUGGACUCUCGUGUGAUGGCAGCUUCUGAGCAUGUGCGCCGCGUAGAGGAGCAGUGGCAAUCCUUCGAAAGGUGAAGCGUCGGCAGAGCCACGGUGCCCUCAUGCCCUCUUUCCAUGGGAAGACAGGGAGGUUCCAAAGGAAAGUCUUCCCACGCCUUCCUGUCAGCUUCCAUGAUAGGGAGCUCAUCUUCAGAGUCUCUCAGGCCUUGUCACUAGGCUGGCGAGGUUUGAUUUGGCGCGCUGCAUGCUCCUUUUUGUUUUUCUUUUUAUUUAUUGUUUCUUCUUCUUCCUUCUUCUUCUUUCUUCUUCUUUUGCUUCUGCUUCUCCUUGUUUUUCGGGUUUUGCCUUGGGCGUGAGUGGCUCCAGCAUUUGUACCGGGGCUCCCGGGAGACGGUGGACUUAUGAUUGGUCCGCGUGUCAACCGGGUGAGAGCGUGGUCACUGCGGCGAGCCUGUGUUGCGUUUGCAGCUUUCGAUGCACCUGGCGACGUUUCACGCGCCUUGGGCCUGCCCUUCCCUGACUCUACUAUUUGGUGCCUGCAUUCUGGCACCUUGUAUAGCAAAAGGGCAGGCGAGUCCGCAAUUUGUGAUCAAUCAGGAGCCAAACAUCACCUGCC